AUGUACAAGCUGAAACCGGUGGUCCCAGUACCUAUGUUGAUUGAGAACACAUGCCGCAUGUACAAACUCAAAGACUUACAACAGAUGUCGUUCUCCGGAGUGCCGAUGAGCGACAAGUCCGACGAGUUGCAGGACAUAAAUGAUGAAACUGAAUUAUCAGAUCAGGAAAUUCAAGUACUUUUAGAAAAACAAAAUGAAGUUCUCAAAAUAUUAGAACAGCUUGAACUAAGAUUAAGUAAAUUAGAAGUUGAAUUCCCUGAUGCAAAGGACAGCGUACCCAUAUCAGAAAAACAACAAUCAACUCAGUGUCAUAAUGUUAAUAAAGAACACAAAAGCAGUUCUAAGUCUGUGAUCAAUAAUGACAUUACAAAUCUGAUAAAAAAUGAUACAGUAGUGUUUGCUGAUCCAGAAGAUCCACCCUAUUCUCUAUUAGCUUUACCAAUCUUGUGGCCAGCAGUUGCAUGGGAUAUUUCUUAUCAUGUGCAUUCAUCUGUGUUGAAAGAUUUGAAGGCAUUAGACACCAUUAAAGCAUUCAAGAAUGUGACUUGUAAAGACACCAAUAACAUUGUUAAAGUCUUUGUAAUAUGGCAAUACAUUAAGCCUAGUCCUAAAGUGGUCAGGUCACCAACGGAUUCGUCAAUCGGUGAAGUGUCAUUGUUAAGGACAUUCAAUCAAUGUCUGGCCACUCAACCACUGGCUGUUGCUGAUCAAAUAAAAUCUGACAAGGUUUUAGAUUUAAUAAACGAAAUAGGUUAUUCAACAAAUGAUCGAACUACAGAACUACAUAACCUGAUCAUGGAUUCAAAUACAAAAUUGGACAUUACAAAUAUUGUUAUAUGGUCUCUGUUAUACAAAAAAAGUGAACACCCAUCAAAGGUAGAAAAAUGGUUAUCACACUUUACAAAAAUUAUAAUCGUCUGA